AUGGACGACGACGCUGAUUCUCAAAGUCUGCUGCAAUCCGUGCUUGGAUUAUUCGCUCGAAAACGACCGCAAAAGUCGGCAAAGUCAGCGUCACUGGGAUCACGUACACGCGAGGCCUGGCUACGGACGGAUGCAUUUUUGCAGCGCGAUGAUCUUGGCGAAGCUGACCUUGAAAGCGUUGCAAGGACUCUGGGCGCAUUCGAACAUCUUAUUCAAGGCGACUCUGAUCGAGAGAUAGAUUCCCAUCUCAUUUCCUACCUACUGAUGACAUUUGCGCAGCAGAGCUUCCAACAACCCAGAUAUGAGCGGUAUCCAAAGCUUCGCCGCAUGAUAGAGAAUCCGAGUCGCGAUCCCCAUGCCGACCUAAACACUAUCGUUCGCGUUAGUAAACGGAAACGAGAAUGCGAUGAUGCCAUUCAGGAACUUUCGCAUCUGGAGCAGGAGAAAAAGAAGCGCCGGGUUCUGCCUCGUGAAGAGCCAACGCAUGCGUCCAAUCUCGAAGAUCCCAAUGCCCACUUCGCCGUGCUAAUGAGGAGACAUUUGGCUUCCUUGGACAAUGCGUUGCGAAGGAACUGGGUCUGCGUUUGCCAAAAGUGCUCGGGGUUGAUCGUGAGACUAUCGCUACCACAACAAAAGAAGGAUCUUGAGGCUGAGGCGAAUUUUGAAGUAUUCUUCGGCGUGCGGUCUGUACCUGCAACUGCAUUGCAAGAAGCUAGAAUUACGGUUAAAGACCUGCAGAGCAGCACGUUGAGGCGCGCGUCUGAGCCUAUAAUCAGCAGUCCACCCGAGUUUGCCCACAUAUGCCAGAGCAUCACAGAGUCCCUCGGUCAGCGAAAUUGCUUACAUUUCGCUCUCGAGGAUGGAAUAUUUCAGAGGCUUCGCCCGCAACCAAAGACAUUUGGUAGUGAUCGAAUAUCUCGGACAGUAUCUUUGUCGGCUUUCUUCAAUCGCCAGCAAAAAUUACUUCGCGGUGAGUCGGUACUGCCACUCAAAGGGAAGCGAGUCUUGGCUGUUACACUGGCUUCAGCACUCCUUCCCUUCUUGGAGACACCGUGGCUGCAGUUUUUCUUAAAUCACUCAAAGAUCCAAUUUGUGGAGCCACGGCAAGACGGAGAACUCCCCGACAUUACGAAACCAUUCCUGGCUCUAGAGCACGUCCCAAUCAUCUCAGCCCGCAAAACAGACACCGGAGACAGCUCUGGCGCCUCGAAACACAUAGUUCAUCCCAACGCCAGUGUGCUAGCGCUAGGCAUACUCUUGUGCGAGCUUCACUAUUGCACACCUGUGGAGCUGAUGGCAAAGGACGUGCAUGUCGCCAGGAAUGUCAAUGAUGAUCUUUACACCUGCCUUGAUAAGCUGCAGACUCUGGAAGACGAUGCUGGGGUGGAUUAUUACCUCGCUACGAAGGCAUGCCUUACUGGGGAGUACUAUCCCCUUGGACAGCACGCUGACUUCGAGGACCUCAGCGUUCAGCGGCUCUUCUACCAAAAUGUUGUCAAACGACUCGAAGCCGUGAUAUUCAAGGCAUGGAAUAUUCGAUUAGAGAACUUGGGUUCGUUCGACUCUCGACAGAAUGAAUCUUGCUGGGGCCCUACCGGUCGAGAAGUUGUCCGCCUCCAUACAGGCAGGGUCGAUUCCUCUAAUGCAGACAACACAACAAGGGCGAGUCCGCAUCGUUCAAUGUCUGAUAUCGUGCCUGCGAGCCACGCAUCCCUCCGCUCAGAUGUCGUGCUACGGAUGUCGGCGCAACCUUCUUCGGGUUCGCAAGCGCACGCAUAUCUCGCUGAGCCUUCAGAGAAGAGCUUGUACUUUUUUGAUGCAAGCCACCAGACGAGUCCUGAACAAGUAAAUCCUCUCUCGGAAAGAUGGAUGGACAAUCUGCUUUCCUCAAUCUAUCCCUAUGUUGACCCUGUUCCCGGCCUUGCCGAACCGGUGCGAAUAGCGAUUUUAGACUCCGGACUCGAUCCUGCAAACCCAUUCCUGAUCGAGGACCAACAGCUAGCCAAUCCACGAAUCAAGGAAGCGAGAAGUUUCAUACAUGGAGCAGGACCGCACGAAAUCCGAGACGAGAUCGGGCACGGCACUCACGCUCUUGGUCUUCUUCUCAAAGUUGCCCCAUACGCUGAGAUCUAUGUCGCCAGAAUUGCGCGACGCGAAACUCUGGAUCCCGGUACCUACGAGGACAUUGCAAAAGCCAUUGAUCAGGCAAUUGAGCAAUGGAAAGUGGACAUAAUAUCAAUGUCAUUCGGGAUUCGUGAAGAUCACGAACUCAUGAGCACAGCCAUAUCUAAUGCUCUAAACAGGCGGACUUUGUUGUUCGCGGCAGCGUCGAAUGAUGGAGCAAAUCUUUUCAGGGCUUUUCCAGCUCAAUUACCAAGCGUCUUUUGUAUACACUCAACUGAUGGAAAUGGCAAUCCCUCUAAUUUCAACCCUACAGCAAGCGAAACGGACGUCAACUUUAGUCUACUUGGGGAGCAUGUCUCUUCUCACUGGCCGGCUGGCACGAACGGACACGACCAGCUUGUCAACGUUAUGUCAGGAACAUCGGUCGCUACACCGAUCGCCGCUGGCCUGGCCGCGUCGGUCCUGGCUUUUGUCCGGCAGCAGGAUCAACAUGUCGCCGUAGAAAGUGAAAGGCUUGGACCGUGGCUGAAAAGGGACAAUUCCAUGGAAGCGGUCUUCAAGAGUAUGGUUAAACGGAGGCGGGGACAAGGCUACGACUAUAUCACGCCUCAUGUGCUCUUCGAUAGCGGUUCGACAAGAGAGGAUGUUUACGGGAGAAUCAAGGAUAUCAAAAGGAACAUGUACAAAUACUAG